CGCGCCGCCCUCCCGGUCCACCAUCGGCGGGCGUCGGCGCUUGCUUGCCUCCCUCUCUCUAUCCCUAUCCGGUUGCGUCCGGCACUCCGCCAGUGGCCCGGCGCGGCCCUAUUUACACGCCGCGCACGCGUCCACGACGACCCACACACCUCUUUCCUUCCUUCCCAAUUCCUACGGACAGGCAGACGCGCAACAGCCCGACGCGCAUCUCGCUCGGGGAGCUCCGCCGCCGAUCCGCCCGCCCGCUCGCCCCCUCACUCGCCCGCCAUGGAGGAAGCCAAGGUUGUGGAGACCAGGGAUGGAACUAUCGCAGUUGCUUCAGCGUUUCCCGGUCAUCAGGAAGCCGUACAAGAUAGGGAUCACAAGUUCUUGUCGAAAGCUGUAGAAGAGGCGUACAAAGGAGUUGACUGUGGCCAUGGAGGACCGUUUGGCGCGGUCGUCGUCCGCAACGACGAAGUAAUAGUUGGGUGCCAUAACAUGGUUUUGAACAACACCGAUCCAACUGCCCAUGCUGAAGUCACUGCAAUAAGAGAGGCUUGCAAAAAGCUUGGGAAGAUUGAGCUGUCGGACUGCGAAAUGUACGCAUCAUGUGAACCUUGCCCAAUGUGUUUUGGGGCUGUUCAUCUAUCCCGGAUCAAGAGGCUGGUGUACGGAGCCAAGGCGGAAGCUGCUAUUGCCAUUGGAUUCGACGACUUCAUUGCUGAUGCUCUUAGAGGAACUGGGUUCUACCAGAAGGCCAACAUGGAGAUCAAGCGAGCCGAUGGGAAUGGAGCUCUGCUUGCUGAACAAGUCUUUGAGAACACCAAGGAGAAAUUCCGAAUGUACUAAUGUGUAGCAAAGACAUGGUAGAAUUUCACAGCAUGAAAGACCCUGAUGCUCAGAAAAAAUAAUGUAAUUGUCAACAUUCUGUCAUUGGUGAUGGACCACAAACUAUGAAUUUGAAUAUACCAUUUGAUUCUCAUUACGCUUC